AUGGUGCAGCUCGGGGGCGGCCGCCGAGCUCCUCCGGCCCCGGCCGCGCCGCCGGCCUUCAGCAUCGACAGCAUCCUGCAGCCCGGCCCCCGCCGCCCGGCCAGGGAGCAGGGCAGAGCCCGCUGCGCGCUGCCGGAGGAAGAGGAGGAGGAGGAAGAGGAGGGAGAGGGGCCUGAGGAGCAAGACCCCAGUAAAGGCUCCAGCGACUCGGGUACGGAGCCACUCCGGGCAGAAGGGACGAGCCGCGGCCUCCUCCCCGAGGGCGGCGAUGCGGGGUCCCCGCUCCCCGCGGAGGAGCUAGGCGGUCCCCGGCAGCCGCCGCCGCGAGAGGCCGGGGGUUCCGGCGCGGAGAACGGCAGAUCGUCGGCGGCGGGCGGCAGGAAGAAGACACGGACCAUCUUCUCCAAGAGCCAGGUGUUCCAGCUGGAGUCCACCUUCGACGUGAAGCGCUACUUGAGCAGCUCCGAGCGGGCCGGGCUGGCCGCCUCGCUGCACCUCACCGAGACCCAGGUGAAGAUCUGGUUCCAGAACCGCCGCAACAAGCUCAAGAGACAAAUGUCAUCCGAGCCCGAGGGCCAGGGGCCGGGGCCGGCCGAGCCCCCCGGGGAGCCGCAGCCCCCCACUGCCGCCUCGGCUCUCUCCUUCCCGUCCCUCUACAAGGACAGCCCCCUGCUCAGUCGCUGCUUGCUGCCGCUGCCUUUCCCCCUGCUCUGCCCGGGCAGCGCCAUCCCCUACCUCUGCCUCCCCGGGCCGGGCAAACACUUCAGCCUGGUGGACGGGGACGUAUAGCCCUGGCCUCCGACCUUCCCUUGCCGGGGGUCGCCCCGAUUUUAUUUAUGACCCCGCUGUGCAGGUGGAGUGUCUGUCUUC